UUUUCACACAGUUUGUAUACACACAUUUAGACGUGUUUUACUGAGAAACUACUGCAAUGUGUCUGGGCUGAUUUGUUGGAAUACGUUUACGGGGACAGUUAAUAUUUCACAAUUCAAGCGAGCCUAGAAUUUAAAACUUGUGAACAUGUUGACGAACUAAUUGGAAAUCGUCAGCAAUGCUUAAAGAACUCAUCAUAACUUGAUAUGACGCAUACGGACGAGACUAUGGGGAUUUUGGAACCACAAUACACAAAAUGGCGUCACUGGAAGAUGUACUUCAUAUUAGGAGUUUUAGUUGCCAUGGUCACGUUCUUAGUCGUCUUGUUAGGUAUCACUGCUGGUCUGAAUUUAGACGACAUAAGUGAUACAAGUAACUACAACAAGAACAAUGUUAUUCAAUUGAAAGACAUUCUACCGAAUUCAUUUUUUAUCAUGUUCAACAUUGAAAUUGAAAACUCCUCUGAUUUUGAGGUCAGAGAUAAAAUCACCGUCAAAUGGGAAACAGAGUCGAGUAUGAUUAGAUACCAACAAGAAAUCGAGGUCUUGAUGUUAAACCAAAGUGUCGUAACCACAGUAAGCAUAUUGGACGAAAGAGCCGUAGUUUCGUACAGUCUAGAAAAUCAGAAAAGUUGGAAGUGCGCAGAAGACAUAAAACUCUUUGAUUGGUUCUCGAUUUUACAGCUUCUGAUGAUAUCUGUUGAAGCUAAUUACAGCGAAAACAAUUGUCCUGGGCGUAUUUGGACAAUUCCAUACAAAGGAAAGAGAGUUUCAAUAUGUAUUAACGGUUUUCGAAUUGUUUACGUAAGGUAUGGUAACCAGGUUGCUAUAUCUAAAGAUUGGAAAGUUCCAUCGCCAUCAUCCAUCGUACUUCACAUGGAAGCACCCACUUGUACGGUGAAGUAUUCCGGAGUCCACACGUUCAAACAUGAGCAGAUUGCGACCGAUUCAACCAGAAACCAAUCGAUAAAUGGAAAUAACUUUGAAAACGAUGUAGUUGUUUCUAGAAAUGACAAACCCAUCUGUUUGUUCAUACAUGGACUAGGUAACCAGAAUCCUAAAACUGGAUUUAAAACUCUGACUAGAAUGGACUAUUGGGGUCACAUCGAAAACAAUACCCCACAGUGUGCAGCACAUAGGUUUAUUCAAUUCAACACAGUCGACAACGGCUGGGAUUCCACUGAGCUGCACCAGAUGUUCUGCGAGUUUGCUACAGGCUUAAAGUUUGGAGGAAAUAUUUCAAACAAGAUACUAUUUUCCCACUCAAUGGGAAACAACAUCGUUGCAGCAGCACUUCACAGCAAAAUAUGUACAUUGGACAAGACAUCUAGUAAAUGGUUCUCAGUGUCUGCACCCUGGCGUGGUUGCAUGGUGGCAGACAGGCUGCAAAAGUUCUGCUCUAGUCAGCUUAAAGAUAAAGAUGGUAACGUAUCACCACACAUAAUAUCAAGAAUUUUCAGACAUACAAAAUUCUGUUCAGACAACGGUAACACAUCAGCAGGUUACACUACGUUAGGAACAGCAUAUAAAUCCAAAACAGGCAUUUCCAACACUGACUUAGUUGCCGUAGCUCGACGGUUGGUGGACGGGGCGCUUUGUGGAACCUCGCCUUGGGGAAUCGGGCUGAACCUUCGUUACAGUGGGACCAUGAAGUUUAUACAGGUUUUUAGUAAAAUGAAAACUCCGAACGAUGGUAUUGUGGCACUGAAUAGCUGCUCUAUUUUUGGAGAGAAGUUCAAAAAUUCAUACAAAAGCAAAUUUUACAAAAUGUCCGUUAAUCAUGUCGAGAGUUCCACGAAAUUCGGCUGUUCCAAAGAUCUGUGUUCGUGGUACCGAUAUCUGUAGUUUACUGUAAAAUAAAAAGUACAACUUGUAUGCAUAUGCAACGCUUGUUUGCGAUUCCUGUACAGCAUAAACUGUACCUUGGAUAAGAUGUCCAGUAACAUUAUGGUUUAACGUUUGUCGGCGCAAUAUAAACAAACAUGAUGUCAUUUCUGCUACAAGAGUAUGUCUACAAUGAUGUUCUGAAUCAAGAAGUUAAUUACUAAUUAUUGUGAAUUCUAAAAUGAUAAUUAUUAUAACUGAAAUCCAGAAAUAACCUGAUAUUCACUGGUAUGAUUUAUUAUUUUCAAAUAAAAAAUAAAUAAUCCCAAGAUGCAUGUAAUUUAUUUUUCACAUUUG